GACGUCUGUCAAUGUGUCAAUUUCAGUUUUGCGCGUCUUGUGAUGGCACCACUGACUAGUCGUAUACAGGUAAAUUAUGGCGGACGAAAAAGAUGUGGUCGAAAAAACGAUUGCCGAAGACUUGGUGGUUACCAAGUAUAAAAUGGCAGGAGAAAUUGUUAACAGAGUUUUAAAACAAGUUAUAGACAAAUGUAUACCCGGUGCAUCCAUAAGGGAAAUUUGUGAAUACGGAGACCAGCUACUGCUUGAUGAAACCAAUAAGGUUUUUAAAAAAGAAAAGGAAUUGAAGAAAGGCAUUGCUUUUCCCACUUGUGUAUCUGUAAACAACUGUAUAUGUCACUUUUCUCCUGUUCCAAGCGAAUCUGAUUUAGUUCUAAAGGAAGAAGAUGUGGCAAAAGUUGAUUUGGGAGCUCAGAUAGAUGGUUUCAUAGCAGUAGUGGCUCACACAAUAAUUGUAGGUUCAUCUAACAACAAAAAGGUCACUGGAAGAAAAGCAGAUGUCAUCCUCGCAGCACAUUAUGCUUCACAAGCUGCUCUUAGGCUUCUAAAGCCUGGAAAUGAAACCUAUGCCAUCACCGAAGCUGUACAAAAAGUUGCUGAAUCAUAUAAGUGCAAGCCAGUCGAAGGUAUGUUGAGUCAUCAACUGAAACAAUUUAAAAUUGAUGGUGAGAAGACCAUAAUUCAAAACCCCAACGAUGCACAGAAAAAAGAACAUGAGAAAUUUGAAUUAGACAAACAUGAAGUAUAUGCUAUGGAUGUUUUAAUCAGUACAGGCGAAGGAGUAGGAAAAGAAGCUGACACUAGAGUUUCUGUCUAUAAGAAAACAGAUGAAAUCUAUCAAUUGAAACUCAAAGCAUCAAGAAUGUUCUAUACUGAAGUGAGGACGAAGUAUGGAAAUAUGCCUUUCAAUUUAAGGAAUUUCCAAGAUGAGACAAAAGCAAAAAUGGGAGUUGUUGAAUGUGUAAAGAAUAAGUUGAUAGAACCUUUCCAAGUCUUAUAUGAAAAACCAGGAGAAAUUGUGGCACACUUCAAAUUCACAGUUCUGUUAAUGCCAAACGGGCCCCAUAAAAUCACAGGACUGCCCUUGGACCCUGAAUUGUACAAAUCAGAACAUUCAAUAGUCGACCCAGAACUUAAAUCGAUCCUCAACAGUUCUGCCAACCCUAAAGCUGCCAAAAAGAAAAAGAAGAAGUCUGAAAGUUCCUCGGAUCCACAACCAAUGGAAGUCGAAGCAGCUGCUUAGAAGGAUCACUACAAAAAUAAAUGAAUUUCAGAUUUUUAUAAAUGCUUUUUCAUUUCACAUUUCGAUUACCAAAUGGUUUGGUUACACAGAAACCAAAGGUGUCAUCUACUCUAAAUCUCACUGGCCAAAUGCCUUAUUUGUCAAAGGACUGUGUCCUUUUUGUACAGUUACUAUUUACUAACAAACCACGGGCAGUUUUGUAACGUUUUACACCUACUAAAAUAAUUCAAAAAGUUUCUCGUUUUCUGUCUUUAAAUCAUGUUUUAUCCCAAUAUACCAAAUAGACAGUAGUGGUUAUUUUGAUUGUCAAUUAUACAGUUAAGGAGAACCGAUGUCAGCUAAAAUUUUAUUAUCAAUACAGCACUGUUACUCAUAAGGAUCGGAACAGCAAGCGAAUUAUAGAUCAUAAUGAUCAAAAUAAGAUAUUGUCUCAAGAAGAAAGGGAGCUCAAGUUCAAGUUAAAGUAUACACAUAGUUGUACUUAGGGACCGUUCAAGUAUUACGUAACGCCGGUUGGGGGGGGGGGGGGGUCAAAAAUCUUCAAAAAUUGCGUUACGCAAUAGUUAAACUCCCAUAAGAGUGCGUUACGGAGGGGGGUAGGGGGGUUAAAAAUCUUCAAAAAUCGCGUUACAUAAUACUUGAACGCUCCCUUAACACUUUCAGCUCGGGGCCAAUAUACAUACUUAUCUCAUGUGGCACUUUUAUACAGUGAUUGGAAAAUUGUUGAAAUGUAAACAUGGUAGCCAUGUCAAUGGCACCUCAUUGAUAACAGUCUUAAAACGGAAGCCAUGUCGGCGGACUUAAAAGUGUUAAGCCAUAUUCAUAAUUCAUAUAGUAUCCAACAAAAUAGAAAUAAAAGAAGUUGAGACUGAGACUAAUGUGAAGAUGAGGAUGUAGUUUAUGAUUAAAUGGUAGGGAUGUACAGUAAUCUCUCUUCAACCACAGGGGUUACGUUCUGAAGAGAAAGGUGCGGUUGGUGAAACCGGGGUUGGCGAGGGAUCCAUGAUUCAAAGAAGAAUAUGACAUAUAAUCCCAAUUUGAAUACGUAUAUUACUACAUACAUAGAAAGAAAUAUGAUGAAAUUGCGUAUCUGUGAAAUAGUAUUAUCAUAUCAACAAAAAUAAAGGCGCUGAGAUCGCGUCUACACUUUUGGGUAUUUUAAACCUUCCGAACUAUAAACAAAUUGCCGUAGUAUUACUACUAAGAACAAGCGCCAGUGGCGUAUCAUGAGUAAUUUAACGCGACUGUUCAAAUUAUAAAAAUAAUAAAAGAUUCUCAUUAAAGAUUCAACAGAUAUCGCAACCGCGGUUGAUGAGUCCGCGGAUAACGAGGGAUUACUGUAUAUCAAAUAAACUGUUUCAGAGCAGCUAUCUCUAAAAUCCAGAUUGCUGAUCUGUCACAGAGAUGGCACUUGAAGAAGAUAGCUCCUUAUUACCAAGGACAGUUAAAUAUUGUUUAUAUGGGAUUAGCCACAGUUGAUUGUAAUGAUGAAUUACAUUGUUGUCUAAAAAUAUUGAUGUUUUGUUUUUCACUUCAGAAAUUUAGACAUGCCACAAGAAACAGUUGCAGAACCAUACUAAAGAUAGUAUUUUUUCCAGGAUUUUAAUACAUAAUAUUCUUGAAGUUUGACCAAUCUGUAAAAUGAAUUAUCUUGAAGAAUCAUCAUAAAUAUGGAAUGAAUUCAGUAGAACUUUUUCUUUUAGCUUCAUCUGAAUACAUCAAAGAAACACUGCUGUUUAUCUGUUGUAAUGAACCGUAACUUCCAAUUUUUUGUUUGAUAAAAGUUAGGAUAUGUUAAGAUUAGGUUAUAUUAUUUAACUUGUUUACGUUUUAAUCUAAAAAUACAAUUUAAUCAUUUUUAAGUAGAAAGUGCAAAAAAUAUAUACUCAUCCUAUUUUGUAAAAUAUAUUAUAUAUUUAUAAUAUAUUUUAUAUUUGAAUAUAAAAUAUAUUAUAACAUAUAUUUGAAUGUUGGAUGAUUUUUUAAUAUUCUGUUGGAAAUAAAAAAUAUUCUUUAGUUGAAAUUUUCUUCCCCUUAUUUAACGCUGAAUAGCUUUAGAUUUGGAGGUCGAAAUGUCAAACAAAGAAUUUAUUUUCGUAAACAAGCCAUUUAACAUUUACUUCCGCUUCUUUUUUAUUUCAAUUAAAAUUAUCUACAUUUUGAUUAAUUUAAUAUUAGUCUUUGGUUUCUGUAAAUAAAAUUUCGUAUUUAGUUUAUACUAAUUUUGUAACUAAUUUAAUUUCAACAAUCUGGCAGUAAAAUUUAUCGGAUGUUAUUUAUACUCAGUCUCCUAGCAUUGAUAAGAUUUUUUAUCUGUAAUAAUGUAAUAAUUUUUAAUCUUGAACUAGAUAAACCCUUUUGUUUUUAUUGUUUAAUAAAAAAAUAGUUGGUUAAUCAUCUUAAGAUGUAUGACACAUUGUACUAAAUUUUAGAAAGCUGUAAAAAGCGACGAAAAUAAAUGAGGUAUUUUGAAUUCUUUAA